AAAGCUACACAGGCAGGCGCACUCGACGCUUUGCAGCAGAACACCUGGGUGCACCUUGCCUGUCAUGGCAAACAGGACCACGAACAGCCUUACAAUUCAUAUUUUGCCAUGAGAGCCAAACCUCUCACACUGCUUGACAUCAUGGAGAACAAUUCUCCGCAGGCUGAAUUCGCGUUCUUAUCAGCAUGUCACACUCCCGUUGGCGAUGAGGAGACACCCGACGAAGCCAUCCACCUCGCAGCUGGACUCCAGUUUUCCGGUUUCAAGAGUGUCAUUGGCACGCUGUGGGCGGUCAAUGACGUUCUCGCAAAACACGUCGUCGAAGCUUUCUAUGAGAAUAUGUUUGGGGAUUUGGAGGAUGGUGUCAUGGACUGUAUGAAGGCAGCCUGGACACUCGAUAAUGCUGCAGACGCCGUGAAG